GCAGGCGCAAAGCAGAGCGGAAGAGAAAGAGGAAUAUUGCAGAGAUAACGCGUCUCCUUUGGAAGAAAAAAAAAAAACCCUAGAGAGGGCGGAGGGGGGGGGGAAGCCAAAGCAUCUUAGGUCUCCCUCGAAGAUACGACCUCAGAUGGGUCUAGCCAGCCGCUUCUGGCUUUCUUCCUUCUCUUUGGACGCCAGGAAACCCCAUCCGACACAAGGAAGUUGAAGCGGGGGCUUCGCCCUAGGCAAAGCGGAGACGGGAGAAAGAAGCCGAUCAGAUUUACCCUUCUGUUCUCGGGAUCCAAGCUUCCAGACCUCAUGACCAUUGGAUUUCCUUGGGGCCACCUGGAUGUGGAUUUAAUUCGAGCUUCCAGAAGCAAAGGAGGGGGGAGGCGAACACCACACUGUUGAGCCGGCUGGACUUGGAAGGGGGUCUUCAUUUUUAUUUUUAGAAGCCGUCUCUGGUUUUGUUUUGAUGAUGAUGAUGAUGAUGAUGAUGAUUUAACAAAAUCCCGGACCGGUUCGGUCGCCACCUCUCCGUCUAGCUCUACAGUUUGCCAUGGGAUUGAAGAUUUCCUAGCCUGGCGGUGAGGACCACUCCUCCAAUUUUUUUCCCCUCUUGUUCAUUUGCACCUUAAAGGAUACAUAUAUGAGAUGGAAAAUCGAGGGCUGUUCAGUGCCCUGUGUUACUUGAUGCUCCAUGCUCCCUUGAUGGUCCUAGUCCAGGCUACCUUUACCGAAGUUCCUAAAGAUGUGACGGUUAGGGAGGGAGAUGAUAUUGAGAUGCCUUGUGCAUUCCGGGCCAGUGGAUCUGCCUCUUAUUCCUUGGAAAUCCAAUGGUGGUACCUUAAGGAACCAGCACGAGAGCUUGCACACGAAUUAGCCAUCAAUGGUCCUGGCAGCAGAAGCAAGGCAACCAGUAAAGACGCAACGAAGAUCAGCACGGUGCGCGUCCAGGGCAACGACAUUUCGCACCGGCUGCGGCUGUCAGGGGUCCGGCGCCAGGACGAGGGGGUCUACGAGUGCCGGGUAUCGGACUACGGCGACGAAGACACUCAGGAGCAUAAAGCCCAAGCGGCGUUGCGGGUCGUGGCGCGCUUCUCGCCUCCCGACGUGCAGGCGGCCGAGGCCGUCUCGCACAUCCAGAGCAGCGGCCCGCGGAGAAGCAGCCCGUCCGGGCGAGCCACCGCCGAGCCCGGCCUGGGAGACAAGCGCCUCCUACCGGCGCAGGGCGAAACCGCCGCUGCGGCCGCCGCUUCCUCUUCUCUCUCCUCCUCCUCCUCUUCUUCUUCUUCCUCGGCGUCUUCGGCGUCCUCCGCCGCCUCUUCCUCCGCCUCUUCUUCCAGCCCCGCAACUGUGGCGGCGGCGGCGGCGGCAGCAGCAGCCUCGUCGGCCUCGCCUCGGCCGGGCUCCGCGAUCGUCCUCCCGCAGCAACGAGGAUCAGGUACAGAACCUAUUUAUGCUACUCACUCAUUCUUCUGUACGUUCCUCUUCAUGCUGCAUAAGCUUGUACACUUGUUAUUAAACCACUGAUGGACUUCUUUAUCCAAUAAUCCUCGGCCAAAUGGAUGAGACCACGAUUAGAACAAAGUGAAGAAUGCAACGACCCUCAACAAGAACUACAAUCUUAAAAGAUGGACAGAGAUGGAGAGGAAGCAUGACACAUCCUACAGGGGAAGGGUAAAGCAUAUUUUUGGGGACAUUAUAUGAAAGGUUUGCCACCUGACAUGAUAAAUUUAGUUUUAAGAUCCUGUGGCAUCAAUGCCCUAUUUCACACAAGGUAGCUAUAAUUUUCUCUUUUCCUUUUUUUUUUAACAACUGUUUCCUUUUUUUAAAAAACCUGUCCUCUGAUAAUUGAUUUUGCACGAACUGUUGAACAGGAAGAGACAAAGCUCUUCUAAAGAAAGGUUCUUUUUGAAUAGAAACUUGUGGUUAGAAUUAUUAUUAUUAUUAUUAUCAUUGCCGCCCCCUCCGCUCUCCUCUUUUUAAAUUAUUUCUUUUGAAAACAUUGGUUUUAAAAAAAGGCACAUCUUAACGUGAUGAAUAUUCACUGUCAAUAAUAUUUAUUUUUAAAUAGAAAAAAAAAUAAAAGAUUGGAAACAAGGUAAGACAUUUGUUUAUAAACUGUAUUGUAUAUUGCUGAAUAACAGUUGAAUAAUAAAAAA